UAUUUGCUGCAGACAAAGAGACUGUUAAAUCAGCAGUUUGAAAUGCAGACACUUGAGAACACAAAGACUUUGUGGGUGUUGUUGCUCUUCUGCGUCUCUGGAGGACAGUCCACAAAAUUUAACCUGUUCGAGGUGCAGCUCCGUGAAGGAUCGGUAAGGUUGUCCGGCUCUGAGAGUGUUGCAGAGGGCCGUGUGGAGAUCUACCACAACGGGACGUGGGGAACAGUUUGUGAUGAUGGCUGGGACCUGGCUGAGGCCCAGGUGGUGUGUCGACAGCUGCAGUUCCCCGGAGUCAAAUCUGUGCAAACUGGAAAUGUCUACGGAACAGGUGCAUUCUAUUUGUAUUUAUUGACCACCAGGGGGCAGGAAUGCAUAGAAAAUCAAACUUGUCAAGUUGCAAAAAAUCAAUGA